AGCAAUGAUGACAAUGUGGAUGUCCCUGCUCAUGUUGUUUGGAGCAUCUGCUUCAAUCGCAAAGCUGAUUUACAGAUCUGAGGUUGAUCCUCUAAUCCAACUGGACAUGGCCCAAAAUUCUGUGGAUGACAUGUAUGAAGGUUGUGAAGACAAGAUGGCAACCAAAGUAAAGACUGAGUUUCUGGUGAAUGAGAAAAAGACAAACAAACAUUUUGCACUGGUUUGGAAUGCAGCAGAGGAAUAUUACAAGAAGAAAUGGAAGCCCAAACCUGGAAAGAAACGUCCAAAGACCCUGGAGAAAGAACAGAACAUGGCCAUCUAUGCUUUCACUUUGGACAAACCGGAAAUAUAUGCUGAAUUCAACAAUGCUGUCCGAACACAGAGAGAUCAGUAUCAAGGCACAUUUCAAUACCACUCGCUGCACUUCUUCCUCACAGGCGCUCUUAAAGUUCUUAAUUCUUGUAAACCUAAGUCAGAAAGAUGUCUUACCGUUUACCGGAGAGCAAACAAAAAAUUCAACCUAGGCAUUGUACGCAAGAACAUUCGUUUUGGCGCCUUCACCUCCAGCUCGAUGGGGGACUAUCCCAAUGAAAUAUUUGGCAAUGAAACAUGCUUCAAGAUUUACACCUGUUUAGGAGCAGAUGUCUCACUGUACUCCAAGUUUGGAGAAUCAGAAAGAGAAUUCCUGAUUCCUCCUUAUGAAAUCUUUAAAGUUAUAGAGGUAAAGAAACGAUCUGAUGACAAGAACCUUCCAUGUGAGGUUGUUAUGCGAUUAAAGAGCACAGAAAAGUCUCUUUCAAACUUAAACUGUGCAUAUUUCCCUGAUAGUUGGUCCAACAAUACCUACAUAAGUGAAAUGUUAGUAAAAUAUGCACAAAAAACAAGCAUAACAAUAACAGAUUAGAUUUAUUUUGAGAGGCAUUUCAAUAUGGAUUAUUGAGAUUUAGUUUAUCUAAAAGACUAAAUUUCAGAUUCAAAUAAAAGCUACCACAUAUAUAGUUUCAUCAUCGAAAACAUUGAGACCCUUUGAUAAACUGGGUCAAAUAUACUUUUAGUUGUAUUCUUGCUUUUAACUGCUGCACAGAUGUUGAAAUUAUUUGAAAAGAAGCCUGGCUGGAUCAACACAUUUCAUUGUAAACUUAAAAAAGUUUAGAUAACUGUUUUAAAGCUACUGCACUUCACAUGCAUCUGUAAAAAUUAUUUGUUGCAUCAACUCGUUCCAAUAAAUGUUGCCACAAAACAAGUAUGCCUGCUUGAUCUGAAGUUAUUUUAGUUUAGAGUGGUUUGUUUAUGGAAGGGGUCACCAACCUUUUUGAAACUAUGUAAAGUAAGCAUAUUUUUCAUGCUAUUGUGUGUUUGUGACCUUUGGUUUAUAGACUGUAGGA